UACAGCUCAACCUCAUCCUUGACCUCGAAGAAUCUGGCCAUCGCACAACGCUCGACCUCGCAAUACAUGCUAUAAUAGCUCCACAUGAAGUUUUUUUAAUCGAAUCGUCAAGCGCAGCGUCUGGUAUCGCGGUCAGCGUCGAAGGGUAGCUGGAUAAACCAGCCAGGGACGAGAUGUCUUUUCCAGUCAUGCAGACUCCCCAAAGGCCUUUACCAGGCGCGUUUUUCAAUACACCUGCACCUUCAAGAUUUGGAGCUCCUCCUCCAGCUCCUCUUUUUCGCCCAUUGAAUCCCACUGGAGCUCCCCAGGUUCCAGCUCCUCAAGGCGCGACUACCCAACAAGAGCCAUCUUCUCAAUCGCGACCCGGAUCCCAAAAUCGAUCAUUGCAACCCAUACAGCGAGCUGCCCGAACAAUCAAUGAGGUUCUGCAGAAGGAGGCGAACUUCCCUGAUCUCGAUAGCUAUGUCAGGCAGGGUAUCUCCUCCGACUAUGAUCUCCCCGAUCAGAGGACCGAAGCCGCAUGGGCGCCAUUUCAAAGGACGAAAAUGUACGAUAUCCCAGAUAGAGUGUUUGAGCAAUGGAAUCGUGCAGAAGUGUCAACCUCGAUGGGCCUCUUCGCGGAGCUGAAUCACGCUUGGGUUUGGAUCGACAACUCAUUAUACUUGUGGGAUUAUACGAAUCCGGAUCCAGAAGUUAUUGGGUUUGAAGAGCAAAACAAUACCAUUACGGCUGUCAAGCUGGUUGUUCCAAGAGCUGGGGUUUUUGUCAAGGCUAUAACGCAUCUUCUAGUCGUUGCGACUACGGCAGAAAUUAUAUUGCUGGGAGUCGAGUCUUCACUGAGCCCUUCUGGUGUUAGAAGUGUGUCGCUAUACCAGACUCGCAUGUCGCUUUCUAUCAGGGGUAUCAGCGUCCGGACUAUCGAGGGGUCAGCUGCUACGGGGCGUAUUUUUUUCGCCGGAGACGCAGACAAUGAGGUUUACGAGCUCACGUACCAGCAAGAAGAGAAGUGGUUUUCAAGCCGAUGUGGGAGGAUUAAUCAUACGAGUCCCGGCUACACAUCACUCAUGCCCGUUGCAAUUUGGGGAGGAAAGACCAAGGAGCACGUUGUGGAUAUGGUCGUGGAUGAUACCAGAAGAUUACUCUACACCCUCUCAUCCGAAUCCUCAAUCAGAACCUUUCACAUGGACAGCCCAACCACACUCCAACAAGUCAUCGAGAAAAAGCGACAGGAAUGCCUUAGGGAUAUCAGUCAUAUGAUCUCACAGUCACCUCUCCUCACGAAUAGCUUGAAGAUUGUUUCCAUUAGUCCAAUCUCUGCCAAAGAAGGUUCAAAGUUACACUUGAUGGCUACUACUAGCACUGGCUGUCGAUUAUUCCUCAGCGCCACACGAGGCUACGGAUACCUCAGUGGGCAGGGCGCACCUCAAAGCAUGCAAGUCCAACACAUCAAAUUCCCACCCCGAUUGGACCCGAAGCCAACCGGGCAGCAAUUUGCUGGGUCUGAGCCUGCCACAGAAGUUUCUUCUCAGUCCUUGUGCUUUACCAGAAUCGGCUUGCGAUUUCCCCCUGGAUUCUUUUUGUGUUUUGUCAGAAAACCAGGUCGUGAAACCGCGGACUCCCUCUUUCUAUCCGCUCCUGAUACAGGUCGAAUAGCAGCGCAGGCUCGGGAUAUCACAGCUCAAGCCUCGAAGUAUCAUGAACAGGGUACCUGGCUGGAGCUGAAUAGUGUGGCGGAGGCUGUUGGUCUCGUGACGAAACCUUUUGCUGCCGCACAACAACCACUGGGGUUUGGAAACGAGCUCGCUGUUCAAUACGAUGAUCCUCCUACUGAAAUUGCCAUCUUGACGAAUAAUGGAAUUCAUAUCGUUCGACGAAGACGCCUGGUGGACAUCUUCGCUGCGGCAGUCCGUAAUGGAGGUGGCGACGAAGGAUUCGAAAACGAGAUCAAGAAGUUUAUUCGUCAAUAUGGGAGGGGGGAAACUACUGCGACUGCACUAGCUGUGGCUUGUGGUCAAGGAAGUGAUGUUUCGCCGGCCCCCGAAGAUGCCAGAGUUACGAGGAUCAGCGACCCGGAGACACUUGAAUUGGCGCGGAAGUGCUUCGUCGAGUUUGGAGGGCGACCGUCGAUGAACGACAACUUGGCUUCAGAAGGCCCAACAUAUGCCAUCGACAAUGUACGGCCAUCUGCACGACAUGAAGGAUUGGCAUUGUACAUGGGAAGACUUGUUCGUUCACUCUGGAAGUCAUCAGUCAUCACUCAGAAAAUUGGGGAGACAGGAGGGAUCUCUAUUAAUUCGACGAUCGCGCUCUCAAAGCUUAUCUCGGUCCAGGAUGACCUGACGAAGCUGGCAACAUUUUUGGACAAGAAUAAAUCCUUCAUUGAAGGUCUUGCUGGACCGGAAAGUCUUCAGCGCGUUACCAGUCAACAAGAAGAGAUCGCUCUUCAAGGGGAGCACCAAGCUUUGCAUUCUCUUCAGAAGUUAAACUCGAGCAUCAUUGAAGGGAUUUCCUUCGUUCAAAUGCUGUUCGAUGAGCGAGUAGAUGAAAUCUGGACUGCCUUGGACGACGUUGUUAAACAACGACUUCGAGACCUCACAUAUGAGCUUCUGUUCUCAUCAGAUGCUGGUAAAGAUCUUGCCAAAGUUCUCGUCAAAGCUAUCGUCAAUCGAAAUAUCGCGAAUGGAUCUAACGUUGACACGGUGGCGGAAGCUUUGCGAAGACGCUGCGGUAGCUUCUGCAGUGCUGACGAUGUCAUCAUCUUCAAAGCUCAGGAGCAGCUCAAAAAAGCAUCCGAGGUUGGAGCAAACUCUGAUAUGGGUCGAAACCUCCUCAAUGAGAGCUUGCGCCUCUUCCAGCAGGUGGCUUCCGCGCUCUCUUUCGAAAAUCUUCAAAAUGCAGUCCAACAAUUUUCGGACCUUCAAUUCUAUGCUGGGGCGAUCACCUUGGUCCUUCUGGUUGCUCAAGAAUCCGACCGGGGAAACCGAGCAUUGGCAUGGAUGAAUGAUGGGAAACCAGAAAACGAUCCACGUGCCGCUGCAUUUGAAUUCCGAAAGCAAUGCUACAACCUCAUCCACGACGUAUUGACAAUCGUCGAUCACGUCGCGAGUCAACAACCAGAGUUCAUCGAUGGCCGACCAACUCUUACCGCUACAAAGCGUAACGAGGCAUAUGGUGAGGUCAAUGACUCCAGUGAUGAAGUGUUCCAAUUCGAUUUAUACGAUUGGUAUCUCACCCAAGGAUGGACUGAUAAACUACUCUCCAUCAAUUCCCCCCACGUUAUUGCGUUCCUUAUAAGAGAAUCAAGGAACAAUGUCGAAAGAGCUGAUUUGCUGUGGAAGUACUACGUCCACCAUGAAGACUUUUUCAAUGCUGCUACUGUUCAACUCGAGUUGGCCAAAAGCCAAUUUCGCAUUCCACUCGAACGUCGCAUCGAGUAUCUCAGCAGGGCAAAGGCCAACGCUUCAACGCAAAGUGGUGGAAUUGGGAGACAAGCACGACAGGUCCUAUUGUACGAGAUUACUGAGUUUCUUGAUGUUGCCAAUAUUCAGGACGAGAUUCUUCAUCGUCUGAAAGGUGAUCCAAGGAUUAACCCCGAGCGGAAAUCUGAUGCAAUUACCCAGCUGGAUGACCAGAUCCAACCGAUGAACACGCUCUUCAACGAUUAUGCGGAUCCAGGCGAAUACUUCGACAUCUGCCUUGAGAUCAUGGAGUCUGUAAACUACCGCAACGAGGCACACGUUAACACCACGUGGGAAUACCUUAUCGACCAAACUCACGCCAAGGUUGCAAGCGAUCCAAACGCAACUGAGCUUCCCUACGAGGCAAUCAUCAACAUGUUCCGUGACAUGUCUCAUCGUCUCAAGAACUCCGAAACAACUUUCAACCCGGCAUUCCUGAUCCCGGCACUCGAGAAAUACGCUGUCACUGAACAAAACGGGGUUGGCCCCCGCACUUGGCUUCCUGACCUCUUCAUUCAUGUCGGGUUUCCUUUCGGGGCCAUCAUCUCCAUUCUCCAAGCCAUGUUUUACAACGACACAGCGCCGUUCGUUGGGCGGAAUAAGAGGGUCCUCGCGGAUCAUAUUCUGUAUGUCUGUCAGCAAUGGUACGAGGACUGCAUGCGAUCCAACCAAAGGCUGUACGGUAGCGAUGAGAACGCGCAGGAUGUCAGCCAGAUGUUGCGGGAAUUAAUCGAGUACGGUUUACAGGAAGAGGAGCUGGAGCAAGCCAACGAACUACGGAGAAAAAUUGAUCGAUCUCUCCGAUAGAUUUGGGGCAUAUGCAAGGAUUUGUAUUGGAAAAAGGAAGAUCUAGCAUUUCAGCUUGGCAACGUCGAGCGAUAUUGUAUU